AUGGACCCCGCUAUCGCGGUUGAACUCUCAAAGUUCCCAGAUAACGACAGCGUCCCCUUUCGCGCUGUCACAAAACAUUUCCAUUCAACAUGGGCGCACACCUUCCACAGCAUCCCGGAGCUCUAUAUCCAGCCUAAGACACUCCCCGAGAUCGAAAAAGUCGUCACCCUCGCGCGCCGCUGUAGACGGCGCAUUACGACCGUAGGAUGUGGGCACUCUCCCUCUUCUAUAACCAGCACAUCAUCAUGGAUGGUCAAUCUAGAUCACUAUAAUCAGAUCCUCGAAGUUGAUAAGGAGAGUGGGCUAGUCAGGAUGCAGAGUGGUAUUCGGCUGUACCAGCUGAGUGAAGAGCUGGAUAGGGUUGGCCUCGCGAUGCCGAAUCUAGGAAGUAUCAAUGAUCAGAGUAUUGCGGGGGCUAUCAGCACCGGCACACACGGUAGCACGCUUCGUCAUGGGAUUCUCUCUGCUAGUGUGUUGAGUCUUAAAAUUACCCUUGCGAAUGGGAAAACGGAGACCUGUGGGAAGGGAGAAAACGAAGAGUUGUUCCGGGCCGCGUUGAUUAGUCUCGGUGCUUUGGGGGUCCUGAGUGAAAUUACCUUCCAAGCUGUGCCUGCGUUUACGCUAUCCUGGAGUCAGGUCGUGAAUUCGGAUCGACUUAUGUUUGAUGCGUGGAACAAGCAACUCUGGACACAGAGCGAGUUUGUCCGCGUGUGGUGGUUUCCAUAUACAAAACGUGCGGUUGUAUGGGCUGCAGACAAAACUGAACAGAAGCCGCAACCUCCGCCAAAAAGUUACUACGACGCAUGGCUAGGAUAUCACGUCUACCACAAUCUCCUAUACCUAGCGCAAUUUGUGCCCCGGACCCUACCUUGGAUAGAGUGGUUCGUGUUCGGCAUGCAAUACGGCUUCGCGAACGGCUCCCGCACCACUGCCAUCCAACCUUCUCGGGAGGCUCUCCUAAUGAACUGCCUCUACAAGCAGUUUGUCAAUGAGUGGGCGCUCCCAUUGGGCAAAGGACCCGAAGCCCUCCGCCGUCUCAGCUCUUGGCUCAACCAUUCUACUCCUGAGGAUCCCGACUAUGUCCCUCACGACAUCCCCUUCAGCGCCGACGGCUUAUACGUACACGCCCCUGUCGAAGUCCGCGUCACCGACUCCUCCACCACUACUCCCCGCCCACAUCUCGAUUUCACCUGCCCUGAUGAGCCAACGUUAUAUCUUAACGCCACGUUGUAUAGACCAUAUAACAUGGAUCCACCUUGUCGCGCACGAUACUACCAGGGCUUCGAAUUCCUAAUGAAGGAACUAGGCGGGAAGCCGCACUGGGCGAAGAACUUCGACGUCUAUGGCAAAGAGAUUGAGGAUAUGUAUAGGGAGGACUUGGGGGAGUGGAGAAAGCUUAGGGAUGAGGUUGACCCUGAGGGGAUGUUUGUCGGUGAGUGGCAUAGGCAAAUUAUCAUGGGAGAUGGUAAAAGGUUACCGCUUGAGGAGGUAGAGGUUAUGAGAGAGAGGGCCAGGGGUGGUGGUGUUUUAGUUAAGGGGGUUGUUGGCGCAGCGGUUGAGUGGGAGGGGGAACUAAGUACUACUAUUAGUGAGGAUAGUUUUGAACAUUUGAGGGAGAGUGAAAUAACGGUUAAGGGCUAA